UGAAAAAUAGCGUAGGUGGAAGGAAGUAGCUAAGAGAGAGAACGAAGAAUAGAAAAAGAAGAAGAAAAAGUAAAAAAAUAGGAAAAGAUUUGUCAAUCCUCGAAUUUGCAGCAGCCGUUGUUAAUCCCCAGCUUUACAAUUUUCUGUUUUUCUUAUCUUCUUUCUCAUUUUCUUGCUUAUAAUUCGAAGAAAUCUUGUGAUUUUGUCAAUGGAGUUUCCGAUGGGGAAAUGUGUAUGUAUAUUCAUGUGUAUAUUAGCGGCCUCAGCGACGUCGUUUCGAUUGGUGUCUUCAUCGUCGACUUGUGAGCGUGAUUCCAUGGAAUUUCUUCACGAUCUGAAUUCUCAGUGCCCCUUAUCGAUCCAUUGUUCUUCUCCCCCAAUUCAGGUAAAUGAAGAAUCCCUUGAAAUUGCUGUGAGCUCCAUUCAAGACAAUGAAUAUGUGGCAGUUCUUUUCUAUGCUUCUUGGUGUCCCUUCUCAAGCAUCUUUCAGUCAAAGUUUUCUACCCUCAGUUCCAUGUAUCCACAGAUCAAACAUAUAAUGGUCGACCAAACCUCAGUCUUACCCAGCGUCUUCUCAAGAUAUGGUAUUCAUAGCGUACCAUCACUAAUCAUUGUGAAUCAGUCAUCAAGAGUGAGAUAUCAUGGUCGAAAAGAUCUCAAUUCUGUUGUCAACUUCUACAAGAAAACUACAGGGCUGGAUCCCGUAGUGGAUAUAGUAGACGACACAGCAUGCAAUCUGGAGAGUGAGAAGCAAGUAUUCGGGGUUUGGAAAGGAGCAUCAUUGAAAGAGAUUUCCUCGAGGGAACCGUUCCUACUCGUCUCUAUAAUAUUUUCCGUGUCAAGGGCUUUUCUAUAUCUCUUCCCAAACAUCGCGUCCCAUAUAAUGGCGAUUUGGUUGGCACACAUUCCUCAUCUGAAUAUGGGAAUCUUCGGAGAGUCACGGCAGCUCAUAGGCCGGGCGCUGCAUCUGAUCGACGUGAAGAGGGUUUGGAGCAAGCUGAAGGUGUGCAAGACUAGGAACUUCCACAAGGGAGCCAGGAAUGCUCGGGUUUGGGCGUCGUCCCUAGCCUCUGUUUCGUUGGGGGAGACAUCGUCGAGAGCACUAUCUUCUUCCAAGGACUUGUGAAAACCAUUUUUGUAACAUUUGUUGUUGCCACUGGUGGGUUUUGCCCUUUUACUUAGUGAUGUAAUGGUGUUAGGCUUUGCAGUCACUCUGCCUUGAGAAAUAUGUUAUGUGACAGACGAGAUUUCAACUCUAGUGAGAGAAAGCCAUGUAAAUUUCUUGACACGUUGCUUUGGUUGUAAAAUAUACCACAAAUUAGGUUGAUUGAGAAUUUGAGAUGAAGUUCCACAUCUUAACGUAA